AUGGAUGCUAGGGCGCCUCGCAAGUCCAACAGGGGACGGCGUGCAAAGGCGUGUGAUUCGUGCUCCAGGAGAAAGAUCCAAUGCGAUGCCGACGUUCCACAAUGCAAUUGGUGUAAACACCAUGACCUAGCCUGCACCUACCGCCGAUUGGUGGCAAAUACCAAGAAGAAGAGCCCGGAUCACAAGAUUGCCCAAACGCCAGAUUCCAUUACUAGAAUGGAGAUCAUUCUAGCCCAACGGUUAUCCCAGCACGAUGAUGAUACUCAGUUUGAAUACCUGACAUCGUCUCAGUCCGACCUCCGCAAUGCAACCUCGUUUACAGGCAUUCCGCUCUUCUCUGAGAAAGGACAAACAUGGAUCGAAUCCCGUACUGGAAGUCGUAUGACGCCUCAGACGCUCUGCUCGUUUGGUCGCCAAUGGCAUAGUCCUCGCCGUCUGUAUCUAGACUCGAAUACGAUAGCUGCCAGCGCUCAGCCUUGUGAGCUCCCUCAAAGAUCGACUUUGGAGAGAUAUGCUGCGGCCUAUUGCUCUUCAACCAUAUGCCUCAUCUUUCCCGUCCUGAGUGAAGGUCUCUUUGUCAAGACUCUCGACUUAGCAUAUUCCUCGCCUGAUUCCCCUUCUGUCGUUUCUGCUAGAGCGUGCGUCUACUCGUUUCUGGCUGUGGCUUCUAUUCUGCAUAUUGAAGAUGAUUCUGCUGCGAAAAUGUCCUCUGAAUCGUACUUGGCAGCAGCCAGGUCUUUGAUACCCCAAGUCACGCAAGAAAUGACAGGGGAUGGUCUUCAAACUCUCGUCACAUUAGCCAUUGUUUAUUAUUUCCUCGGAGACCUCCAGUCUAUGGGUCUGUUCCUAUCCAUCGCCACACGGUUUAUCUUUGCCCUCAAGGCCCACGCAAACCCUCAAGAUGUUGCCAGAUCAUAUUUUUCUUCACCAUCAUCCUCAUAUCAAGCAUCUUCACCGCCGACCUCGCCAGUCUAUGACAAGAACGAUCGAACGCACCAUCUCCGCGAUCUCUUCUGGACCUGCUACUCCCUUGACAAAGAUCUCUGCAUCCGUACUGGUCAACCAUCGUGUCUCUCAGACAUCCAUUGCGACCUUACACUACCCCCUGACUACUCCGUAAUGCAAAACCGCCACAUCCAGAGCCACACCAUCCCCGACCUUGGGAACCGAACCGUCCCCAUGUAUCCCUGGGAACUGCUCCUCUCUCAGCUCAAGUCCCGUGCCUAUGACGCUCUGUACUCACCCAUGGCGCACCGCAAGUCGCAGUGUGAGCUUCUCGAAAGUAUCCGUAUCCUCGACGAAUCUCUUGAGCAGUGGCGUCUGUCUCUUCCGCCCAAUUUCCGCCCGACACUCACAUUUGGAAAGAUGACCCCUGUGAGCGCAGACGUCAGCAUGCAGUCCUCCAUGGUUCGGCUGGCAUACUAUCACUUUGUCGCAAUUGUUCAUCGGGCGAGUGGAAGCAGAUCGACGUUGGUAUACUUGCAGGUAGCUCUCCACGUCAUCACAGACGACUGUUUCUGGGUCAUCAUCUAUUACCCCAUCAGCGCUAUCCUCUCCUUGUUUUCCAAUAUUCUCUCAAGCCCUCUCGACGAAACCGCCCCCGGAGAUUUAGAAAUCCUCAAAAGCGCCCCUACGCUAUUCAGAAGCAUCCCCAUACGAAAGCUCACGCUGGCUGAAUUGACGCAUCUGAAACUCCUGGACGCCUUUUCGAUGGAGCUUGCCAGGUUAGGGGAGCUUGCUAUCCAAAAGGCAAGGGGGAACGUGCCUACACACGGAUGA